CCCAGGAUGGAAGCUUGUCACUCUCCAGAGCAAUUCAGUGUCACUUCAUACGCUGCCACGGCUGUGGCCGUCAUCACCCUUGAGACGCUUGCUGGCAUGUGGAUAAAUGCUUUCAUUGUUUCUGUGAUUUGCAUGGCUUGGUUCAAAAAGAACACCUUGAACUCUAAUGAGAAGAUCUUGAUGGCUUUGGGAUGCUCCAGGUUUUGGUUUUUGUGCAUGUCAUGGGUAUAUUACUUUAUCUUGUUAAUUUACACCAAUUAUCUUCAUGUUCAUCCCAUAUUUGAACUAGUUGGGAGUGCUCAGAGCUUUCUAUAUUGUUCCAACUUGUGGUUUUCUGCUUCUCUUUGUGUCUUUUAUUGCAUAAAAAUUGCCAAUUUCAGGAACAGCUUCUUCAUCUACCUGAAAGUAAAAAUUGACAGGAUUGUGCCCUGCCUCUUGUUGGGGUCAGUGCUUUUCUCCCUGGUUAUCGGAAUCAUUGUCUACAAUAUUACUGAUGAAGUUUUAUGUAAAAACCUCAAUUUCACCAGUCAAGAAAGGAUCUGGAAAACAAGGAUCAGCACAGAAGAACAAUUUUUCCCCCAUUAUUUUAUCAUUGGUUUUGGAUAUGCCAUUUUGUUCACAGCAGUCAUCUGGUCUGCCCUUCUCCUUCUCUUUUCCCUCUGGAGACACAAACGCAACAUGCAGACAAACUCCAUGAAGGACCUCAGCAUGGAUGCCCACAUCAAAGCCAUGAAAUCCAUUCUCUCCUUCUUCAUAAUGUACAGCAUCAACUUUAUAUGUUUGAUCUUGACUCUUAUUUAUUCUAUUAAGAAUGAAAAUGCCAUGAUGUUUCUUGUAUUCACGUAUCUGUAUGCCUUUCCCGGUGUUCAUUCCCUUAUUCUGAUUUUCAGCAAUCCCAAACUGGAAAACACACUGCUAAGGAUUCUGGUUUGUAUGAAGCUUUGCAUGAGGUAG